GCACAUGGAGGCUGGCCUAGGGGCCACCAGGGGAGCUGAGAGGAUGCUGAAUUCUCUCCCCUUCCUCUGGAACAAGCCAGAACAGAGUCACCCUCCAAGGGUUCCUUCGAGCCGACCCCGGCCCCAGCCUUACCCCUCAGUCCCCAGCUCCCCAUGCAGCUGUCCCUUCUGCAGCUCCUGGUAGGGGCCCAGUGGGCAUCGCAAACUCAGGGAAACCACCUGGGCCUCUGAUCACUUUGCCUGCACCUGCUCCUCCACAGGCAUGCCCAUCCCAGGACAUUUUCCUGGCUGCCCAGGCCACAACCCUUCGGGUUAGCCUCGACUUUCAUCUCAUAUCCACAUCCACUUCAUUAGCAACCCUGGCAACACCACCUUCAGAAUAUUUACAGAAUCUGGCCAGGCGCAGUGGCUCACGCCUGUAAUCCCAGCACUUUGGGAGGCCGAGGCAGGCAGAUCACCUGAGGUCAGGAGUUCAAGACCAGCCUGGCCAACCUAGUGAAAUCACAUCUCUACUAAAAAUACAAAAAUUAGCCGGACAUGGUGGCAGGCACCUGUAAUCCCAGCUACUCGGGAGGCUGAGGCAGGAGAAUCGCUUGAACCUGGGAGGCGGAGGUUGGGUUGUGGUGAGCAGAGAUUGCGCCAUUGCACUCCAGCCUGGGCUACGGUGCAAGAGUCCGUUUCAAAAAAAAAAAAGCUGGGCAUGGUGGCGGGCACCUGUAAUCCUAGCUCCUUGGGAGGCUGAGGCAGAAUUCUCGAGCCUGGCAGGCAGAGGUUGCAGUAAGCUGAGAUCACACCACUGCACUCCAGCCUGGGCGACGGAGCGAGACUUCAUCUCAAAAAAGAUUUCCAGACUCUGCCCACUGUUCUCCCUGACCCUACCUUGGCCCUGCUCCCCGAUCCCUCCCCUUUGGUUAACCCUGGAAGCCUCUUCACUGGCUCCCUGCUCUUCAUCCUCGCCACACAGCCAGAGGGACCUGUGAGUGCCUCAGCUGGGUGUCCCACCCCUGCUCAGAGGUCUCCUGUGGCUUCAUCUCAGAGUAAAAGGGUAAAGUGGUCAUCGAGGCCCCUAAGACCCCACCUGAGCCUCUCCACCUUCCUCUUCGGCCCAUCUUUCUGUCUUGCUUGGUCCACCCAACCCGCCUUGAUGUUGAAACUCUCCAAGCUCCUUCCUGCAUCGUGCAUUUGCAUCGGUGAGUCUCCCUCUCUGGCUGUCUCUCCCUUAGAUGGUGUGUGCUGGCCUCCAUCUUAUCACUCAGGCCUUAGCUCAAAUGUCACCUUUUCCAAGAAGUCUUCUGUGACCACAGUAAAACGCCCCCAGCACUCAGUAUCUACAUCUGAGAUAAUUUUUUUUUUUUUUUUUGAGAUGGAGUCUCACUGUCCCGGGCUGGAGUGCAGUGGUGUGAUCUCGGCUCACGGCAAACUCUGAGAGAUUCUUGUGCCUCAGCCUCCCGCAUAGCUGGGAUUACAGAAAAAGACCUACUGUCUGGAUGAGAAAACAGGCCCAGGAAGGGAAGGAGUUGCCUGAGGUCCAUCUGUGAGUGGCUGCCUCUGGGUUCCCACCCAGGUCCACCUGCCAGCGUGGAAGGCGAGUGUACCAGACCCUGCUGCUCUGGGAAGAGAUCCCCCCAGGCCAGGUGUGUCACCUCAGGUCUGUAAUCCCAGCACUUUGGGAGGCCCAGACGAGAGGAUUGCUUGAGCCCAGGAGUCUGAGACCAGCCUGGCCAACAAAGUGAGACCCUGCCUCUACAAAAAAUAAACAUUAGCCAGAUAUGGUGGUGCACGCCUGUGGUCCCAGCUACUCAGGAGGCUGAGGUGGGAGGAUUAGUUGUGUUCAGGAGCCUGCAGUGAGCUGUGAUGGCGCCACUGCACUCCAGCCUGGGCGACAGAGCCAGACCCUGUCUCAAAAAAACAAAAGAAGAGAGGCCCCCACUCUGUGCCGCACUCCUGGAUGGAAGCCUCGAGGGGAGCGCGUGCAGGGCGGAGGCCUCAUGAAUAAUUGAGGGUCUCAGGCAGGCGGCCGUCCCGCAGAUGUCGCCCCGCCGCAGGCGGGGAGGGGGCGGCGGUGACAUCACUUCCUCCCCUGCGGGGUCCCCGUGUGGGUUAUAAGGCGCUGCAACCCUGGCCCGCACAGCGCCUUGGACCCGUUGGACGCCCACCAUGCCGCCCCGAGGGCCAGCCUCUGAGCUGCUGCUGCUGCGGCUGCUCCUGCUGGGGGCGGCCACCGCUGCUCCCCUGGCACCGAGACCCUCCAAGGAGGAGCUGACCCGCUGUCUGGCAGAGGUGGUCACAGAGGUGCUGACCGUGGGCCAGGUCCAGAGAGGACCCUGCACUGCUCUUCUCCACAAGGAGUUGUGCGGGACAGAGCCCCACGGCUGUGCGUCCACCGAGGAGAAAGGCCUGCUGCUUGGGGAUUUCAAGAAGCAGGAGGCUGGGAAGACGAGGUCCAGCCAGGAGGUGAGGGAUGAGGAAGAGGAGGAGGUGGCAGAGAGGACCCACAAGUCCGAGGUCCAGGAACAAGCCGUCCGCACGCAAGGGCACCGUCAACUCCACCAGGAGGAGGAGGAGGAGGAGAGGAAGAGGGGGCCCAUGGAGACCUUUGAGGACCUGUGGCAUCAGCAUCUAGAGAAUGGAGGGGACCUCCAGAAGCGGGUGGCAGAGAAGGCCAGUGACAAAGAGACGGCCCAGUUCCAGGCAGAGGAGAACGGGGUGCAGGUGCUGGGCGGGGACCGCAGCCUGUGGCAGGGGGCCGAGAGAGGCGGAGGAGAGAGGCACGAAGACUCGUCCCACCACCACCACCACCACCAGCCAGAGGCUGAGCGCAGGCAGAAGGAGGAGGCGGCUUCGGAGAGGGAGGAACAGGUGGAGCGGCUGGAGCACUUGAGAGACGAACUGAAGAAGGUGACAGAGACGCUUGGGGAGUAGCUCAGGAGGGAGGGCUGACCCCUGCCUCAGGCCCUCCUUCCUCCCGACACACCCUGUGGCUUAGGACUGUUGACCCCGAAGCCUCCAUCUCACCUGGCACCCCACACCACCCCACGCUACCCAAACAGGGGAGGAGACGGACGUGCCUUGGAACCACACCCAAGGAGGCGAGUCUGAGCUGGGCCAGGGGCUGGGCUCAGCCCUGACACAGGAAGCACCCCCACACCUAUGUACUCCCACUCCAACCCUUCUGAGUGAAUAAAGCACAAAGAAACGCA